AUGGCCGUGGCCGCGAUGGCCGAGCGGGGCCGCCUACCGCCCGCCGGGCCUGCUCCGGUGCCGAGUACCGAGGGGCUGCCCCGGGCCUUCCUGCAGAGCCUGCACACCCUCUUCGACAUCCUGGACGACCGGCGGCGUGGCUACGUGCACCUGCGCGAGAUCGAGUCCCGCUGGCAGGGCGCCGAUGCCAGCGAGCUGCCCCGCGGCGUGCUCGAGGGCCUGCGCCAGGUGGCCCCAGCCAGUGGUUACCUGACCUUCGAGCGCUUCGUGGCCGGCCUGCGCACCUCGCUACUGAGCUCCGACGGCGGCCCUCGGGAUCAGCCACGCGUCCCCGUCCGGCUUGGCGACCAGCCGCUGCCGCCGCCGCCGCUGCCCCCGCAGCGCCUGGUGUUCCCACCGGCAGACGAACCGCGGACUGUUCUGGAGAGGAAACCUCUGCCCCUGGGCGCGCGCCCCCCGCAGGCAGGCCCGGGGGUCUCAUCGCGGACCCCUGAGCUGCCCUGCAGCCCCACGGAGGGGGCGCCCUGUCUCGCGGAGCCCGAGUGGCCCCAGAGCACCGCUCUGGAGCGGAGCACGAGCGCGGACGCUGGUGCGUUGGCCUGCAAGGCUCUGGAGGUAGGCACGGGUGAUGCCAGACGGGCUCCACGGACCCGAGGGGAGCGUCGGAGGCACACAAUCACCAAUGGCGUGGACUGUGGCCUGGUGAAGCAGAUGAAGGAGUUGGAGCAGGAGCAGGAGGUGCUGCUGCAGGGUCUGGAGAUGAUGGCACGGGGCCGCGAAUGGUACCAGCAGCAGCUGCAGCGCGUGCAGGAACGUCAGCGCCGCUUGGGCCAGAGCAGAGCUGGUGCCGACCCUGGGACUGCUGGAAGCCCGCGCCCUCUAGGGCGGCUGCUGCCGAAAGUGCAGGAGGUGGCCCGGUGCCUGGGAGAGCUGUUGGCUGCGGCCUGUGCUGGGAGGGCUCUGCCGUCAGCCUCUUCAGGGCCCCCAGGUCCCACCCUGGUCCCCACCUCGCCCUCAGCCCCAGGCUGGCAGCAGCAGACCAUCCUCAUGCUGAAAGAGCAGAACCGGCUGCUCACCCAGGAGGUGACUGACAAGAGCGAGCGCAUCACUCAGCUGGAGCAGGAGAAAUCUGCCCUCAUCAAGCAGCUAUUUGAGGCCCGAGCUCUCAGCCAGCAAGAAGCGGGGCCUCUGGACUCUACCUUCAUCUAGCUGUGUGUGCCUCCCUUGGACGCACACACACAGUCUCUGCUUCAGCCCCGAGGCACCCCUUUGAGCCCACCCUCUGACUGGAGACUACCAGCUGGCCUGGACAGAGUCCUUGAGUGGGACCCUCUCUCCAUCCAUGCAAUCUGGGUUCCCUGGAUGCUCACCCCAGGCUGGCCCCUUACACUUGGGGUGCCAAUCAGGGCAGGACUCUGUUGUGUUGGUACAGCCUGAUGCUGCUAUUUCCACUGUCAGUGGACAGUUGGGGGCCCCUUCCUCAUGUUUACCAGAUCUCAGGCAGCCCUGGACAGACGGGUCAUGUUUACAGCUGUCUUGUUUCUUCCUGCAUGUAGACCCUGGGGCCCUGGUCUCUAGUAAAGAACUGGUUACACUGGA